AUGCGCCGCGCCGCCCAGCUCCCCUGCCCUGCCCCUGCCCUGAAGCGGAAAGUUCGGGGGCCGGGGGCCGCCCUGCUCCUCCCGCACCAAUGACUGCCCAAGGACUGCCGCCGGCCAGCCUCCGCCGCGCUCCGCCGUCGCUCUCCAGGUCGUAAUGAACUGUUCCAAGCUGUACCCAAGGCUCUCCCUCCUCGUCGCUUCCUCCCAUUCCUUUAUAAAGAUUGAGUUCUUAAUUCAAGAAAUUGUCAUCCGUCGGCUUCUUUCCUCGUGAAUCAUUUAGACCCCGGGCCUCGUUUCCGAGUGUAAGAGGGGGUGCGGUCUCCCCCAAGACGGCUCGCCGGAAGGACAAAUUCCCCCGGGCCGACCCACGGACAGCAUGAAGAGGUGCAAGUCGGACGAGCUGCAGCCCCAGCAGGGAGAGGACGAUGGGGCUGGGCUGGAAGAUGCCGCCUGCCACCUGCCGGGCGCCGACCCCCGGCCCGGGCUGGCCAUGGGUGCUAACUCCGCUGGCGGGCCAACUUCAGACGCGGGCGCCGCCGCGGCACCCAACCCCGGCCCCCGCAGCAAGCCUCCCGAUUUAAAGAAAAUCCAGCAGCUCUCAGAGGGCUCCAUGUUCAGCCACGGCCUGAAGCACCUGUUCCACAGCCGCCGCCGGUCACGAGAGAGGGAGCACCAGCCGUCUCAGGAUUCGCAGCAGCAGCAGCAGCAGGGCGUGUCCGAUCAUGACUCCCCGGAUGAGAAGGAGCGCUCCCCAGAGAUGCAUCGGGUCUCCUAUGCCAUGUCCCUGCACGACCUGCCCGCCCGGCCCACCGCUUUCAACCGUGUGCUGCAGCAGAUCCGCUCCCGGCCCUCCAUCAAGCGGGGCGCCAGCUUGCACAGCAGUGGGGGCAGCAGCGGGGGCAGCAGCCGGCGCACCAAGAGCAGCUCCCUGGAGCCGCAGCGUGGCAGCCCCCACCUGCUGCGCAAGGCCCCCCAGGACAGCAGCCUGACCGCCAUCCUGCACCAGCACCAGUGUCGGCCCCGUUCCUCUUCCACCACUGACACGGCCUUGCUGCUGGCAGAUGGUGGCAAUGUGUACCUCUUGGCUGAGGAGGCCGAGGGCAUCGGGGACAAGGCUGACAAGGGAGACCUGGUGGCCGCGAGCCUCUCCGGCGGCCCCGGCCAUGCUGACACUGAUGGCCCCAUCAGCCUGGAUGUGCCCGACGGGGCCCCUGACCCGCAGCGGACCAAGGCCGCCAUCGAGCACCUGCACCAGAAGAUCCUGAAGAUCACGGAGCAGAUCAAGAUCGAGCAGGAGGCACGCGACGACAACGUGGCGGAGUAUCUGAAGCUGGCCAACAACGCGGACAAGCAGCAGGUGUCCCGCAUCAAGCAGGUGUUUGAGAAGAAGAACCAGAAGUCGGCCCAGACCAUCGCGCAGCUGCACAAGAAGCUGGAGCACUACCGCCGGCGCCUGCGGGAGAUUGAGCAGAACGGGCCCUCCAGGCAGCCCAAGGACGUGCUGCGGGACAUGCAGCAGGGGCUGAAGGAUGUGGGUGCCAAUGUGCGCGCCGGCAUCAGUGGCUUCGGGGGCGGCGUGGUGGAGGGCGUGAAGGGCAGCCUCUCGGGCCUCUCGCAGGCCACCCACACUGCGGUCGUGUCCAAGCCCCGGGAGUUCGCCAGCCUGAUCCGCAACAAGUUUGGCAGUGCUGACAACAUUGCCCACCUGAAGGACCCUCUGGAGGACGGGCCCCCCGAGGAGGCAGCCCGGACACUGAGUGGCAGCGCCACACUCGUGUCCAGCCCCAAGUAUGGCAGCGAUGACGAGUGUUCCAGUGCCAGCGCCAGUUCGGCUGGGGCUGGCAGCAACUCCGGGGCUGGGCCCGCUGGGGCGCUGGGGAGCCCCAAGUCGAACACACUGUAUGGGGCUCCCGGAAACCUGGAUGCUCUGCUGGAAGAGCUGCGGGAGAUCAAGGAGGGACAGUCCCACCUAGAGGACUCCAUGGAGGACCUGAAGGCUCAGCUGCAAAGGGACUACACCUACAUGACCCAGUGCCUGCAGGAGGAGCGCUACAGGUAUGAGCGGCUGGAGGAGCAGCUCAAUGACCUGACUGAGCUCCACCAGAACGAGAUGAGCAACCUGAAGCAGGAGCUGGCCAGCAUGGAGGAGAAGGUGGCCUACCAGUCCUAUGAGAGGGCUCGGGACAUCCAGGAGGCCGUGGAGUCCUGCCUGACCCGGGUCACCAAGCUGGAGCUGCAGCAGCAGCAGCAGCAGGUGGUGCAGCUGGAGGGCGUGGAAAACGCCAAUGCGAGGGCGCUGCUGGGCAAGUUCAUCAACGUGAUCCUGGCGCUCAUGGCCGUGCUUCUGGUGUUCGUGUCCACCAUCGCCAACUUCAUCACACCCCUCAUGAAGACGCGCCUGCGCAUCACCAGCACUGCCCUCCUGGUCCUCAUGCUCUUCCUCCUCUGGAAGCACUGGGACUCCCUCACCUACCUCCUGGAGCACGUGCUGCUGCCCAGCUGAGUGGCCAGCUGGUCCCUACCCCGUGCUCCCCCGCCCCCAUCUGGCCGUGACUCCCCAGGAGGGAUCUUGGGACUCCCCACUUCCUUGCACUUCUUCAUGUGUCUAGUUUGGCCUCCUGACCAAACUUCAUUCCAGCAGCUCCUGCCCCAUCUCCGUUCUUGCUUCUGUCUGCCACCUUCUCCCUGUUGGCUAGAAGGGGGCCUCGAGAGCAGCACUGGCUGGAGGUGGUGGGGACAUAUGUGGCCAAAUGGAGCCGAGGAGGGCACCGGGAUGGACUGUUUUGAUUAUUUGCAGUUGCACAAGAACUUCUCCCAGCUGACUUGGAUGCUGCCAGUCAGGAAGGCCAGUGAGAAUAGGAGCAGGAGAGGGCCAUGCCUCAGCGUUCCCAGGGAAGAGCCCACCCUGGUGGCAGCCACAGCUCCCUCCUGUGGGAGGCUCUGCUUGCCCCAGGGCCCAGAAUGAGGGGAAGAGGAGCUUCCCAGCCUUGGGCACCUGCUGAGCUGGGCCCGAGAGAAGGUUCAGCCCACCCCUCCCUCCUUCCUCCAGACCUGGUUUGAGGCUGGGUUCUGGGCUGGGCCCUUCGGGGAGCUGAAGGAUACAGGCUCUGGAGGCCUGGCCCGGGUGUGGCUUUGGACUUGUGUUUUCCCUGUCAUUAUUUCUGCCUGUCGCUGGAUCUGCUCUUUUCAGGGAACCAGACCCCAGGGGCCCCGAGCCUCAGCCUAAGCCCUUAGGCCUCUGGGAGCACCGGUGGGUACUAUUUAUUUAUUUAUUUGUUCAUUUGUACCUUACCCUACAGAGCUCCGGGGAGAGGUCGCCCGUCCUCUCUCUGAAGCCAGGGCUUAUUCUUGGCUGUCAGGCACUUCAUACCAUUUAGCCUCUGGAUAAUCCUGGCUGGGAGAAGUGGGGCAAAGCCACCCAGCCCCUCUCCCAAGUAGCCUUUUGAGCCAGGAGAGGAGGAGCGGAGCUUCUCUUUUCUAUGUCUAUUUAUUUUGUAUGUGUGUAUUUGUGUGGAGGAGGUUGUUUGUUGCUUUAUUUUUUUAAGGCUCUAGAGUGUUGUGUAUGGUUUCUCUUCACAUCCCAGUCUCCCCAUGAGCACUUCCAUGAAGAGAGGGGAUUUCUCAGAAAAGGAGAGAGAAAUCCCCUAGCAUGGGGGAGGGGAGUGGCUGCCAGCUGUUGUGGACCUUACGAGAAAUAAAUAUCCUCUAAAUUUUCAACCA